AUGCCUCCAUUUUGGCGGAACGGGGACUCCUCCGACCUUCCAGCAGCGGCCGUUAACGGGCUCUAUGUUCGCGAUGUCAGCAAUGAGAACACUGCUAAUAUCUUACCUGCCAUCAACCUUAAUGCACACCACCUCUUCCCACGAGCCGAUUCAGAAGAUUCCUCCAAGCCAAAAUAUGGCCAAGGCACGAUUGACCCACACAGCAUCAAGAUGCAAGGCCUGAUGGCUUUAUUUGCCAUUAUUGGACUAUUGUUUGCCGUAGGAGCAAUCUGGUUCUUUUUCUGGGCCAAGAACGGCGGGUUCGUCUGGCGCAAGGGCGACUGGGAUGACUACAAGUCCACUGUUCUACGACGGAAGGGACCCGACGGCAAGACUCUCAGUAACGCCACAGCGAGUACCAACCUCGGCGGCGGAAGUAUUGUCGGCAAAGGCUACAACGACGAUGGAUAUUCGUACACAGAAGGAUCAUAUACCGACACAGCGACGACCGUUACAGAGGAGAAGUCACGGGGCAAGAGAUUCAGAGAGUCCGCCAAAGAGAAGCUUCUCCGGCGAAACAAGCACGAGCAGUGGGAAGGCGCAGACGAUGCCGACGUACGCGCCUACCGAGAAGAGAAACCCGCUCGCAUUGGCGGCAUGAACCGUGAAGCCGAUGGAACCUAUAACGGCAGCGACUACGAUACCUCCGUCCCGCCCACCUCCUACCAACAGAGCGAGAUGAGCCAAUCUUAUGAUUUUGCUUACGAGCAGCCACGCCAUGCCCGCCGCGAUCCCUCGGGCUUUUCGUUCACUCAAGGCAGCGAAGAUGUUAUCAGCCAAGUAACCGAAGAGCCUCGUGUCCGCGACCCAUCCACCCGCCGCCACAACCGCCGUCGUGAACGUCGCAGCGAGGUUAACCCAGCUGGCCCACCGUCCGCACCUUCAUCUCGUACCAGCAGCCCCCGCAAGCAGCGCGAACGCCGCUCCGUGCCGCAGGGCCACUUCACUGAACCCCUGGAUUUCUCAUCAGCAGGCUCCCGGUCCGAUUACCAAUACUCCAACGUUGAUACAGAAGACUCUGGUACCAAGAGCUACAAGCAUCCAAUUCCGGGCUUGACGAAGGGAUACCGCCGUGAUGGACGGAGUCGUCGUCGUGAUAGUCUGAGUGAUAGUGAGGGCGAGACACAGUACUCUUGA